CGGGAGUAUAAAAGGGGGCGACGGGUCCGAAGGGGUACUCGUCGUCUACCGGCACUCACCACAGCACUACCAUGCAGGUCCUGAUCGCCCUCGCCGCCGUCCUGGCUGUCGCCGUCGCCGCCCCCGCCCCCGGGCUCCUGGCUGGCGCUCCCCUGCUCUCCAAAGUGCAGUACGCCCCCGCCGAGGUGUCCGUCGUCCGUCAGCCCCAUGUGGUGACCGAGACCGAGCACGUCUACCGCCAGGUCCCCGUGCCCGUCAAGACCGUCGCCUACACCGCUCCCCAGGUGCACCUCCAGACUGACGUGAUCCACGCCGCUCCCGCCGUCGCCUACUCCGCCCCCGCCGUCGCCUACUCCGCCCCCCUUGCCUACUCUGCCCACGGUGCCAUCGCCGCCCCCGUGGCAUACAGCUCCCCCUACAUCCUCUGAGCAGUGGGUCUCCGUCGCACUUCUCACACCCAUCAUCCUACACAUCUAUAAUUGGUCAUGAAUAAAACCAUACCCUCGUAA